GACCCGCUUUUUACGUCAUCUCUAAUGCGCGUGCCCGUGGCCGAAUGUGCGCGAGUCUCUACCCGCCGGUUCCUGCGAGCUUCUGUUCAUAUCCGGACGAGCUAACCGGUUCGGUUCGGCUUGUGUCGUUCAGUAAGAUUAGCCAGGAGACGGGAGAUAUCGGGACCGUCGGGUACACGAACAGCAGCGUCGCGGCAUCAUGAGAAAGCGAAGAGAAAGUUGCCGUUAGGGAGUUAGCCGUGUUGCUAGCUGUAUGUUCCUGUGUUUCAGGGAAGCACCGCCUUCGCGUCAUCAUCAGCGCGCGAGGCUUUGGGUUCCGCACAGCGAGUAGGGCCGUGUUGGAUUUAUUUACACAUAAUGGCGACUGGGGUGUUCGGACGAUUCGUCUGCCUUUGUAGAUACCUGCAGGAUCCUUGCCAUGUGGCCAGGUUUCAGCAGCUGUGCGGGGUCAGGGGGACGUUUUCCCGCAGAUCAGCUGCCCCGGGGAAGGAGCGCGAGCGGGACGUGUCUCCUAACGGUGCGUGCGUGGAGCGCGUGAAUCGGGAACGGGACUCUGACGGCGUGCACGCGAACCACGAGCCUUCUGCGAGCAGCCCUGAACACUUGGACGCAAAAGGCAGAGUGAAGCCUCUCCGUAAGAACUCCCUGACUGAUGAUGUUGGCCAAGAGUUCAUCAUCGAGAACAAGUUUCUCUUCUACCUGUUCACCAUGGGCACCGAGCUGGGCAACGAGAUGUUCUUCAUCGUCUUCUUCCCAUUCCUGAUGUGGAACGUGGACGCAUAUGUGAGCCGGCAAGUGAUCGUGGUGUGGGUCUGGGUGCUGUUCUUCGGUCAGACCACCAAAGACCUGGUGAGGUGGACGCGACCUGCGUCUCCACCCGUGGUCAAAGUGGAGGUCUUCUACAACUUCGAGUACAGCAUGCCGUCUGUACACGCCAUGACCGGAGCAUCUGUCCCUUUCUGCCUCUUCCUGCUCACUUAUAACCGCUGGGAGUACCCUUUCUUGUUUGGACUGAGCGUGGCCAUAUGCUGGAGUUUCCUGGUAUGCAUAAGCCGAAUCUACAUGGGAAUGCAUUCUGUCUUGGAGGUGAUCACAGGCUUCCUGUACAGCUUGCUGAUACUGGCUGGCUUUCUCCCCGUGUUGGACGACAUCGAUGCAUUCUACUUAUCAAGCAGUGCGGCUCCUGCGCUAAUUCUGCUGCUACAUGUGGGUCUGGCCAUCCUCGCCUUCUCUCUGGAUUCGUGGAGUACGUCCCGGGGUGACACUGCCCAGGCUUUAGCUACAGGUGCAGGAGGUGCGCUGGCAAGCCACCUCAACCAGCAGCUGAAUCUGCAGCCUGACCCGGCUGCCUCCUUGCUUCCCCUGAAGAUGCCCUCCAUCACCAGCGCACUUCUGGGACGCACUCUCCUGCGUUUGCUGAUCGGAGUGGCGGUCCUGCUGGCUGUGCGUGCGAUCAUGAAGGCCAUCGCCAUUCCACUAGCCUGCAAUUUAUUCAGGGUACCCUCUGACGAUGUACGCAAGGCGCGUCAGAACCCUCGAGUCGAAAUUACUUACCGAUUCGUUGUUUACGGAACGGUGGCCUUUUGCUGCGUCUUCCUUGUGCCGCUAUUCUUCCUCUGUCUGAACUUGUCGUGAAGAAACUAUUGUGCAUCUGUCUUAGCUAGUAACAUAGUAUUAGUUUUAAGUCUCUGGGAACACUCUGAUAAAAGUUUUCCAGAACACUUUUUGGGUUUAAGCUGUCUACCAAGUUGGCAUUAGAAAGCAACGAAACCACUAACUUCUAUUAAGUAAUUGUUUCUUUAUUUUUGUUUGAUUUUACGGUCAGUUAUUAAUCUUAUUAAUUUGUUUUUAAUCUUUAACAAACCAAAGUGUCAUUGAUUUUUCCAGAACACGGAGGAUAAAUAUUAGACCAGGCAGCUUUUUUUGCACAAAUCUAAAAGAAAAAAAAAAAUGAUGUGUUGCUCAACAUCAGUAAUCAAAUCAUUAAAUAAAAUUAUGAGUAUUAAAUUGAAAUGUACAGACAUGCAAUAAUGACUGUUAAAAAAUAUAUUGAUUCAUCAAAAUUCAAAGAUUCAUCAUAUCACAAGUUUCCUCCAUAACUGGUCUGGCCAGUUGCUAUGUUUUUUACAGUGUAUACCCCAUUUGUUGCAAAAUAUUGUUGAUUUUUUUAUUUUUUUUUCACCAUCUAUCCAGCCACAUAGUGAUUAAAAUUUUUUUUUCCUCCACAUGAUUACAAGCCAGGACACAUGGGUGGAACAAAAAUUUUUGCCUACCACCGAUUGGUCAAAUUCAAUCAUACAGAGUUGUCUGAUUACUUAUGUGCCUGGUAGCAUCAUCCAACAUGCACUAGUUCCAAACACGGAUUUGUUGCUGAGCUGCACUGUUUGGUUGUAAAAUGCCAAAGAGCACCAGACGGCGUACAGUCAGGAAUUGCAUACCUACACGGCCUUCUGUACGGGUGUGGUGUAGCUAGGACAUAGUUGUGCUUAAUUCACUGUCUGUGUCUCAGAGGUGAACAAAAGCUUAUUCUGCAGAACAAAACAUAUUUGGGAGCAUUUCUGCAUUGUCAUGCGAGGAUCCUGUUUGUUUUAUCUCCACCCGUCUACCAGACAGCCUUCCUACCUACACCCAUCCUGCACCAUUGUGUUCUAAAGUGGAUUGGCUCCUUUCCCACUAAAUCAAGCCGGUGCACACUCACAAGCUCUGCCUGCUCAUGUUAAACUUGUAUAUACAAACCCACUCCUGACUGUUUUUUCCUUUUUAGGCCUUUCUUUGUUUCUUACUACUUUAUCCUGAAGCAUGUUCCUUUUUUCUUCAGAGUUGCUAAGGGCAAAGUUGUUUAAAGAAUGCUGUUUCAUACUAGUUUUAUGCUGUCAUACUUGAUGGUGCAGUGUCUUAAAUUUUUCUCUUUGUUUUGGUUAUUGUGCAUUUCAUGGUAAAUGAGUUAGCAUUAAGAGAACCAGGGGAAGAUGGGAAGUUUCUUCAUUCUGUUUGCAUAAAUUUACUCACAGCCAAUCUAAACCUGGCCUUGCAUCCUUUAGUCUCGUGGACUUACGGACAGUCUUACAGAUCAUGUCAGGUCUAAUAAGAGGGGACUUCAGCUUAAGACAUUUCCAUGGAUAAUUUUUUUUCUUUUUAUAUAUUAACAUAUGUUCCCCAUUUAUCUUAAUACAGAUAACAAAAUACAGUAUCAUUAGGCUUGUUUUUUUGUGACAUUUCAAAAUACAUGAGUUUUAAUGUAAUCCUGCGUACUCUGUGGCUGUGCAUGUAUCUUGAAGCAAUCGAUUAAUCAUUAAAAUAAGUACAAGGGUAAAUAAAAAUUAUGCACACUCCAUUUAUAUUAAAACUUGUUGUUUUAUCAGUGCUUUCUGUUUAAGGCUACUGUCUCCCUAGUCACUGCUGUGCAGGUGAACGCUACAUCAGUUCAUUUGCGGUGCGAGCUAAAAUGGAUGUCCCACUUGUAAUUGGCAUAAAAGAAAAGAAGCAGUUAAGGGUGUACGUGGUGCCGUUAUUUAGACUUUGUGCGCAAUAUAGAGAAAAUGUUUGGAUAUCUGCGAACAAAAUUUGGACCAAUUCUCUGAGGAAGGUAAAAGUUUCCUAAAGAGAAUAAUUACUUGAGAGUAAACCACAGAGUAUGGAACGGAAACAUCGUUAAUCGACGACCAACAGUGCUCGUUACAGUGAGAUGCUUAUUUAAGUGCUGAAGCCUAAACUUUUUAUUUAAAACAGAGGACGGCUACCCAGGGGCGUUGUUAUUUUGCAUGACAAUGCACAUCAACAAUGAUGCCACCAUUGAUGACACUCUGUGAAAAUGUAGGUUUGAGGUGUUGAAGCAUCCACCCUGUAGUCCUGAUCUUGCUUUAUCAGACUUUCACCUGUUUGGUCCUCAGAAAAUAUUCACUAAUGAUGAAGAAGCAAAGACAGCUGUAAAUAUGUGGCUCGUGGCUCACCCUAAAAUUAUUUUAUAAAAGUUGUUCACAGAUGGAUGAAAUGUAUUGAAAAGCAAGGAGAUUAUGAGGAAAAAUUAUGUAUUUGCCUUUUCUAAAAAUUUAUUUAAAUAAAUUUUAUAGCUGGAGUGUGGAAAUUUUUGACUUACCCUUGUAUAUUGCACAUGAAUUUUGUAUUACUUGCAUUAUACUCACUUCUUCAUCAGUUUUUCUGGCAUGUAUCAUCUUAUCCUUAGUCUGCACUGUCCUUUUAACAGCCCAGGAAAAGUUAAAGCUUCUGGAGAUUUAGAUUUAAGCUGUAGAUGGGUAUUGAUAAAACAACACAAAAUACAUCUUACUUGAAUGACAUUAUACUGAAAAUGUUUUGAUGUACUGUUUUUUUUUUCAUUAACAUGUGUUUUGAUAUUCUGGAGUAAUUUUAAUUACAUUGCUUUAAUUAUACACCUCCAUGUCAAGGUAUUUCGUUCCUUAUUCAUCUGCAAAAUAUGAGCAAGUUCUAGUGAAAUGUAUUCAGGCGAAGUGAUUAGUAUUUGUCUUAAAUUGCAUUAUGUUGUGGAUUAUGUUGUGGAUUUUUAUAUCAGUCAGUUUGUACUGUAUGUAUGCUAUGGAAAUGUUAAGAGAUUAUGUCAAGUUGUUAUGAAGACAGAUUUAAGUGUCUGAUAUGGAGCACACCUUAUACCACACACCUUAUUGUAGUAAAUAGCAAAAUUUCAUUUUACUUGUUAAAUCUAUAGUCCAAGUCUUGUGUAUGAACUACACCAUCAUGUGCUUGUGCUAUACAAAAGCCAUAACCAAUGAGAUAAUGUACCACUUGUGAUAUGCACUGCUGUUGAUUUGGACGCAAAAAAUGUUCCUGAAGGAAAAAAAAAAAAUGUGUAAUUUGCAUUCAAAGCUGUUAUUAGACAUUCAUUAUGUUUAAAUUAUGUCACUGAAAUAAAUAUGUAAAUUAGGCCACAAUAAAAAUACAAUUUCAACAUA